AGUUGUGCCUCAGACGCCAACCAGGCUGCGUGCGCAUACGGACGUCGACGCUCCGCCCAACGUUCCGUAACGCUUCGCAACCGUUGUCCGGACUCCGGAGACGUGUAUUGCUGCUGCAUGCCGCAGAAAAACACAACAGUUGGGAAAAACAGCAGAAUAACUGUUCUUGGGGGAUAAGCGCGAGCCUGUCGGCUGGCAAUGAAUGGGAAGCGCUGUUGUUAGCGACAGCGACGCAAGAUAAAAAGACGGCGACUAUAAUGUGACAAGAUGGACUUCCAGAACCGCAACAACACGGCCAACAAGUUUGUCUGUCCCAGUGACAGACAGCUGGCCCUGCGUGCCAAAUUGAAAGCCGGAUGGAGCAGCUCCAAGAGCAGUGAACCCCUGCGGCCCGAGGAGCAGGAGGCCAUCAUAUCGGUGAUCCGGCGGAACGAGGAGAUCGAAGUGGCGGAGCGCCUACGGGUGGGGCGACUUGUGGAGCGCGUGGAGAAGAUCAAGCAGCAUGCCGUGGAACGGGGCCCGAACUGCUGUCGCCUCUGCGGCGAUACCUUCGGCCUGCUUCGCGGCCACCGGAUCAUAUGCGAGGACUGCCGCCAGGCGGUGUGCACCAAGUGCAGUCUGGAUAUCAACAUCCGGUAUCACACCAGCGAGAAGUCCCGUGAGAUCUGGCUGUGUCGCAUCUGCUCCGAGACGAGGGAGAUGUGGAAGAAGUCCGGCGCCUGGUUCUUCAAGGGCUUACCCAAAUACGACAUUCCACGCAGUGCCAGUGCCACGCCCACGCCCACUCCCUGCGCAGGAAGCAUGGCAGGAGACACGCGGGCCGUGCAGAGUUGCCACGGCACACCGACGCGUCCGGCGCGGGUGAAGAAGCUAACGAUCCGGGUUAACGACAGCAGUUCCAGUUCGGGUCACUCCGAGCCAGAGGACGAAGUGGACGGCGGACCAGGCGGUGCCUCGGCCAGCAACGGAGGCAGUGCUGGGGGAGCCGGGAGUGUCCCUAAGAGCGGGUCAGCCACCGGCGGACGACUGCAGCGGGACGAUAGCUUCCGGUUGAGGGCCUACGGUUCCAUACGGAGCUUCAUCGACGGCGGCGAACGGAAACUGUCCAACUCCUUCUUCUUCGGCCGCCAGCAGAGCCAUCGGCCCUCGGAGUGUCCGGACUACGACAGCGUCAGCAUGUCCAAGUUGCGGCGGGAGAGCAGCUUCCUGCGGCGUGGUUCUGUGAGCUCUUCCUGGUCCAUUAGCGACAGCUCCGGAUCGGGCAACUCUGGCAACUCGCAUACCACCCAGUCUCAGGCCCCAUCCACCACCCAGUCCCAGUCCCAAUCCCAGCUGUAUCAUCAACAGCAGCAGCAGCACUGUCGGGAUCCGCUCCUCGGCUGGCUGGAGAUCGCCAUCAGCUAUAGGGAGGCCUUCCACAGCCUGGACUGUACGAUGGUCCGGGCCAGGGAUCUGCCAGCCAUGGAUGCCGCCGGUCUCACCGAUCCCUACUGCAAGCUCAACAUCAUCACCCCCGAGGCCCACACCAAGUACACCCGAUGGCAGCGCACCAAGACUGUGCACAAGACCCGCAACCCGGAGUUCAAUGAGACGCUGCAGUUCGUCGGCGUGGAGCCGGAGGAACUGGGUAACUCUCUGCUUUAUGUGGCACUCUUUGAUGACGACAAGUACGGACACGAUUUCCUGGGGGCGGCGAAGGUCUGCCUCUCUACGGUGCAUAGUACAACCCAGUACCGGAUAUCAGUGCCCCUGGGAGCGGAGGAUCAGUACAGCAAUGCGGCGGAGAUGUCCCAGAACUGGCCGAAUGGCAAGAUGCUGCUAUCGCUCUGUUACAACACGAAGCGCCGGGCUCUGGUGGUGAACGUGAAGCAGUGCAUCAAUCUAAUGCCGAUGGACAACAAUGGAAGCUCGGAUCCCUUUGUUAAAAUACAAUUAAAACCCGACGCACACAAGAACAAAAAGCACAAGACCAGCGUCAAGUGGCGCACGCUCAAUCCGAUCUACAACGAGGAGUUCUACUUCGAGGCCAGUCCCCACGACCUCAACAAGGAGAUGCUCAUCCUGACUGUCUGGGAUAAGGAUCUGGGGAAGAGCAACGACUUCCUCGGCAGCCUGCAGUUGGGCGCCCAAAGCAAGGGCGAUCGCCUCCAGCAGUGGCUCGACUGCAUCCGGUUGCCGGAUCAUUUCCAUGAGAAGUGGCACUGCCUCGCCCCCGACAAUCCCGCCCACUAAAGGAUCAACACCAUACAAUCCCGCCGCCCAUCCUGCCCCCAAUCCAAAAGCAUAAAAACCAAAUCGAUCCAAUCUUAUCGAACUUAUCCUUGGAAGUCAACCGCUGGGUUUCUAAUUUUUUGGUGGGAAUUCUGUUUUGUUUCUUCAGUGUUACUUCAAGAUUAAGGGUGGCAGUUAUUGUAAAAAAAUCUGAUUAUUUGUUUCAUAAAAGCUGUUAUUUGUUUCUCCUAAAAAAAAAAAAAGUUUAUUCAAUUUUAUUCAGAAACUAUAUCCGGUUCAAAAUGUGUAUAAUUAAAAUAUGGGCUAAACCGGAAGACUUUAAUCAUAUGCCUAUUUUUUAGGAGG